AUGGCUGGAGAGAAGCGAUCAUGAGGAUCGAUGGUUUUGCGGGGUGUUUGCGAAAAGCGAUCCUUUCCGUAGAGUGAAGGCGCUCCCCCCCCACAUACCUGGGGAUCCAGGGGGAGUGUAGUGAGGGGGGGCGGGACCACUACGUGGGCACCACCCAGGAACAGGAGGAGUGAGGGCACAACUGAGGAGGAAGCAGUCAUCAAGUUGUUGUUGGGUAGUGAGUCUAACCCUUCAGAUGAAGAGCCUUCAGUUCCGGAACAUCGCCCCCAAGGCUCCGGCCGCAGUGCUCUCCUCCUCCCCCUCCCCUGCGGUCCUGUCUUGCCAGUCUCCCUCUGCCCUCCCUGAAGCUACCACUGCUUCCAGUCCCAAGUCCAUCAUUGUGCCUACCCAAAACUAUGCACUUAUGCAAAUAGCAGGUCAGGAUGGCACAUUCUCCCUGGUGGCACUGCCCCCUUCUGUCUCCUCUCAGACCCCACCACCACAACAACAGCAGCAGCAGCAACAAACCCAGUCAAUUCUAAAGAACCUCAAACUGCCUAUUCCCAGAUACCAGUCAGUGAGGAGCAGGGGAACUACAGAUAAGGUCAAAUGUCCACCACCAGCUACCAGAAUUAAAAUGGCUUCCAAAGCUGUUACAUUGCCGACUAAGUUGUGGGUAGGUGGAGCAUCAACAGUUAAAGAAAAGAAACAGGAGUCCAAGUAUACUCAAACCAUAGUGCCCAAAGAAGAACCUUCAGAGCGGUUAAUUUUGUUUGACGCAGGCUCCUCUGAUAUCUCUGUGACAACAUUGCUCUCAGACAAUGCUGUCCUUUAUCCCAACUCUCAACUGGAGCCAAUGUCAGAUGGCUCAGAACAACCAGCUACAACUGGCCUCAUUCAGAAUCUCCAAUAUACCCCUACUGCUGUGAAAAGCUCCCCAGGCAAUUCCUCAGAGGAAAGUAAGACCACAGUGAGGCUCUGCCAAUCCAAACCCACCUUAGCCCAGCCCCAGAGCAGCAUCACUGUCCUCUCUCCUGCCAUCUUCAGCAAAGCAGUACAGAUUAUCCCAUCCCCACCUAAAGGUAAACUGCCUAUCCUGCCCUACUCCAAAAUGAAGAGCACCCUCAUCCCAGUUGCCAAGCUCAGCACCUUGUCCCCUGAGGCUAAGGGGUUCUCUUGCCAAACAGGGCAAACAAGCCCCACAGAUCCUACAUCCAACACGUUGAAGCCAGCUGAAGCCUUGAAUCAGAACCUGGUGGCAAAAUCUGCUUUGGAAAACCAACCCAAGACCACAGACAUGCCUGUGUUGGGCAUCCUCCAGAAGCCACCUGGCAAGAAACGUGGAAGGAAGAGGAAGACAAUGGAAGACAUCUUAGCAUUUGAGGCCCGAAAGAAGAGGUCCCUGUCCUUCCGAAGACGGGUCCCUGAAAAACUGCCACCAGUAGUUUCAGGCUCCAAGCAAAAGGAAGUUGAUAUUUCAAAGAAAUACCGGAGCAUUCGACCCAAGCCCCUGUUAGUGAUGGAAACAGUUCCCCAACUUGUUAGUUUCCCUGCUGUUACCUCAGAAGGCCAGGAACAGGAGCUUGUACUUGGUCACCAGUUUCCCACCACCCCUACAACCAAGGCCCAUGAUUGUCCUCCACUAACCUCAGUAGCCCUCCAUCUUAGAGGUGCCUCCCAUCCCAGAGUCUUCAUAGGCAGCCGUCCACUCCACCGUUGUCCCACCUGCAGUCGCUUUUUCCAGUUUAAGCACCACCUCCAGAGCCACAUGAAUAUUCACACUAACAGUCGGCCCUACAUCUGUCCAGUAUGCCGUAAAGCCUACGCUCAAUCAGGCAGCCUGAGCACCCACAUGAAGCUUCAUCACUCCGAGGUACGGCCCCGUCGGUCUUUAAGCUGUGAAUUCUGCCAGAAGGCUUUUGGGUAUGUGGGGGUGUACUUCAGUCAUCUGAGAGAGGUUCACAAAGUGGUGCUGACUGUGGAGCCGUCCAUCAGCCAUCAUGAGGUUGAAGUUCUUGAUGGUGCCAACCCCCCACAUGCAUCAGAUGAGCAGGACAGUGAAGACCCUGUGGAGCUGCAGAUCAAAUGUGGCCGUUGUCAUGCAAUCACCCCCACUUUUGCUGACAUGAAGAUGCAUUUACUUUAUGUGCACAGUGAGGAGGUCCAGGUCCGACCACAUGACGGCCAGCCACUGCAGGCUUGUCGCGAGGCAGAGAAGGAACUUGUAAAACAUGCCGCCCAUUAUUGGCGGCAGCUUAAUGAGAAACGCAACCUGGUGAAGUGUGGCAACUGUGACGAGGAGUUCUUCUCCCUCUCUAAGUUGAAGAGGCACAUCAAGUCUCACCAUCGUGGAAGAGAGGGCGAGGAUAGUGGUACUAUCUCAUCGUCAGAGAGCAGCGGAGGACUCGGUAUCCUUGCAGCAGGUGCAGCCUUUAACUGUGUACUGUGCAGCAAGGUGUUAGACACUAAAGAGGGGGUUAUGGAACACUGGAGGGGUUGUCACCACUGUGAGCAACCAAACCUGCUUUGGGAUGCACUGAGCUCCUACUCGGGUCAGGAAGAGUGCGAGGCAGAUAGGAAUUUGGUCACACAUGCUCCAAGCCCACGCUAAGCUGCCUUGCCCUUGGAUGGGCAUGGGGCCCCUUGCUGAGGCUUGUCCUCACACACACUCAGUCCAAUCAACAAUCAAUAGCACAGGAAUAGAGAGUCUCUCUUAUGUCUUCUAACAUUAGUUUUAUCUUUCACUAACUAAGGCUGGUCAGAACUUAAAAAUAGGUCAAAAUAAAUCAGGCCAGUGGUGAACAUUGUUCUUCUGUGUAUUGUUUCAUAAUAGAUAUUUUCAGUGAAUCAAAUUCAUGAACAACUUUAUUUUUCAUGUUAUUUUAAAUGCACUGUUCUGUUUAUGUCUUAAUUUUAUUUCAAGUUUUGUAUUUAAUAUCCUGUCUGAACGUAAAUGGUUAUUUAUUUCUACUGCCUAUUGAAAGGAUACUAGGGUAAUUUAUAACUUAGCAGUAUAAUUGUUACAUCACCAUUUCAUCCAAACACUCCUAGUCAUGCAUAGACUUUGUUUCAAUGGGCUCAGGUGUUGAGAAUUAUUCUGCCUUCGGCCUAAUAAAAUAUUUAAAUUUU